GGAGAGAGAGAGAGAUUGCAUAAUCUCAUGAGCAUCAAAUUAAAGGCCCAUUUCAAGAUCUGCUAACAACCGAAUCCCCUUCAAUAUUAUCCAAACUAGCUAAUCUGGCCGUAUGAUUAGCUAGCAGUGCACUUGAUAAAGUAGAUAGAUGAAGGGUGAUUGUUAGUUGGUGAGGAUUUUAUUGAAUUAAUGCGAAUGGAUAAGUUUCCUCAUCAUAAUCCAUUCUUUCCCUCGCAACAAAACAAUGAAGAUUACUCUGAGCUGUUUUCUGCUCCCCAUAAAACACACGACGAUGACGCUCCCUUUUUGUUUCAGACAGAUCCGACAUUACUCCAACAUCAAGAUCUGCAGUUUGAUGUUGGUUACUUAGAAUUAGACGACCCAGUGGCGGCAGCGCUAGAGGUCAGUAAUUAUCCCAUUCCAGACAACGUUAACGUUAACGCCCCCAGAAACAAGGGAAAGAACAAGAACAAGCAGCAGAAACCGUCGGCGGCUGGUCGGGGCCAAGGGGAGAGCAGUGCGAGUGAUGGCAAGCAUAAGAGAGUGAUGCAUAGGGACAUUGAAAGACAAAGGAGACAAGAAAUGGCCAACCUUUAUGCUUCUCUCCGCGUUCAACUCCCUCUCGAAUACCUUAAGGGAAAACGGUCCACAUCUGAUCAUGUUAUGGAGGCGGUGAAUUACAUUGAGGACAAGCAGAAGAGCAUCAGGGAAUUGGAAGAGAAGAGGGACAGGUUAAAAAGAGUUGGUCCCAGUGGCAGUGAUGUUGUUGAUGAAGAUUAUAAUCGCAGAACUGGAAACUCAUCAAGUGCAGCAGCAGCAGCAAUGGUGACAGUUGAGGCAUGCUUGGAUGGGGUUGAAAUAUUCAUAAAUUCUGGGUUUCCCAACCAAGGGUUUCGGAUUUCCAGGGCGCUUGAUCUACUGGUGCAACAAGGCCACCAUGUUCUUAGCUGCGUUUGCUCUAGAGUCGAUGAUAGACUCCUCCACACCAUCCGAGUUCAGGUGAGUCCACAGGCAGGAGUUGAUCUUCAGGUGCUUCAACAACAUCUGAGUGAUUCUAUUAAUCUAUUGUAGUAUUGAUCGAAUUGAAUUUCCAUAUACACGUACUAUACAUCAUGUUAUGAGUCCCCUCAUGAACGUGCAGUGUAUGUUUGAUUUGUUUCUUUGUUUUUAAUUUUUCAUUUCCUAUAUAUGUAUGUGUUCAUGCCCGGAUCGGAUCCGAGUUGUUCCAUUAAUUUAAUGUUGUGUAAGACAUUAUUGCAAUUUUGCUCAUGCAUGAAUGAGGAGUUUCUGAUGGAAUUCAUGAGGUUCUGCAA